AUGAUUGACAGUCUAUUCGUUCUGAAUAGUUCCGGGAAAAUCAUCAUAGAAAAGCAUUGGCGUGGCCUCAUUAACCGUCAGAUAGUCGAUUACUUUAAUGAUCAGGUUUCCAACCAAACUUCUUCCGAAGAUGUCUUGCCAAUAAUAUCAACACCCAAAUAUCAACUGGUACACGUCUAUCGCUCGGGCCUGACGUUCCUAAGCCCGGUCACUAAUGAGGUUGACGCCUUGUUGGUUCUAGAGUUUCUCCAUCGAAUUGUUGACAUUUUAGCGGAAUACUUUGGAGAGAUCGCCGAAACAUCAAUUAAAGAUAAUUUUGAUACCGUAUACCAGCUUUUGGAAGAGAUGAUGGACUACGGUAAAUAUAAUGAAUUCCGAUUAGCCCUAGAGAUAAAGAACCUUUGGUACCCAUUGAAACUUAUAACAAAAAUUCACCGUCAAGGGUCGACCGCA